GGAGGGGAGGGGGAGACCCCGCGGGGCCAGGGGCCAAAGGAGGAGGAAGGGAUUUACCCAUCACUGAGUCUCUGCUGUUUCCUCGCAUACAUUACCAUCAAUGCCCGGCCUGUGUGUAAGGCUGUUGCUGAGAGGGGACUUCAGGGAGCAGUGGCAGAGCCCAGGGAGGGGAGCGGAGAAUGACUCAGCAGGGAGCUGUUCUUCAGGGUUACAAUAAUGAGCUAGUGAAAUGCAUUGAAGACUUGUGUAUGCAAAAAGAAGAGCUGAACAAACAAAUCCAGCAAGCAGAAGAGGAAAAAAAUAAACUCCAGCAUGAAAUCCAAGUCCUGAAUGAACAACUGGAAUGUGUAUGUGAAAACCUGGCCCAAAAGGUAGCUUCACGUAAUGAGCUUGAUAAAAUUCUUGCUGAAACUGAAGCUGCUUACAUGAAGAUUUUGGAUAGUUCUAGAACUUUGCUUAAUGUCCUGAAGAAGGAAGUGGGAAGCUUAAAGCAUACACCAGAACUGAAAACCAGUGUAACGUGA